CCUUUGAGAGAAGCAGGACGUUCGAUCCAAAGGUAGUGCUAAAAGGAAUAUUCUAAACUUCGAAUGAGGUUGUGGAGGAGAAUUUUGUGCUCGUGGUGAAUUUUCCUCCGUCGCCAAGUUGUUGUGUACGAAAGGAUGCACCUGUCGGCUCUCUAGUGAAUCGGAAUUAUUAUACGACAUAUUUAAAUAUUUUUUUACAAAAUUUGCAGCGAUUUUGGUGUCACGCUUUGAAGGUUAAAUGUUCACACGCUGGAAAACUGGUACCAGUGACUCCCAAGAGACCAGUCCAGACCAAACUUCCCCAAUGAGCUCUCCCAACAAAUCCAGUCAACUAGCGAUGAGGACCAAGUCCCUGCGAGAGCGUUUCGGUUCCAAGCGCAGCUACUCGGAGAAUUUCAAGGAUCCCCCGGUCACUGCAACCACUUCACCCAGCAAGGAGAGCUGCCGGGCCGCCAGGCCCUCCCUCCCGGUCAUUCAGUCCACUAUACCGGCAGAUGAGUCCAAAGACCCCCAGAAAAUUUACAAUCCUUACGCCCAGCCACAGAACUUGCUGCAGCAGCAACAGAGGCGGCAGAUGAAUGUUUUGAGUGAACACUACAAUCCCUUCGCGGUGCUGCCGGAGGAGACUUACUGCAGCGCUCUGGACAUCAACAGCCAAGAAGGCGACCCGAGGUUUCCGUGGCAAAGGGACGCCGCUGUGCAGUGCGAUCUAUCACCAGAUCCAGAAGGGAAGAGGUUUACCCGAAGGGACAGCUUUUUCAUGCUAGCGAAGGAUGCAGCUGCAGAACAGAAGGAGCGCAAGCCAUCCAUCAACGCACUUCAGGACAAUUUUCCAACCAGCCUGUCUUCCUUGACUGCGCCCUCGACGCUGACGUCGUACCCUACUGGUCUCACCAUGCUGCCCGCUGGAUGCAGGGAAGAGCAAUCCGCUCAGUUUCUGACGGAAAAAUUUAAAGAGGGCUAUUGGCACAAUCUAUCUAUUUGCACAGAAGAAGACGAGUCUUCAGUUACUCCUGAGUAUCCCGAACCUUUCAAAGACAAAAAGAAGAAGAAGAAGACUUCAAUGCUGCAGAGGGCCCUUUCGGAGAGAACACGGUCCCGGCGUCUCACUUACCAAUCUGAGGAGGCCAGGGCGGGUCUGUCCCCACAGAGAUUUCCCAACAGGACAACCAAUGCCGAAGGGAUGCCAGAAUAUCGGCAUUUACCCAGUUCACAGGCUGAAUUGCCGCCAGUGCCCGCAGUAAAUUGCAGCAGCGCACCUUCAUCGAGGACUGAAACACCUCCUAGUGACGCCUCUCCACAAACACCGCCCGCGGCACCCAGUUCUUCCCCUUCCAGAAGAAACAGCGAUCGUAGAAAGCGAGGAUUCGUUCGCAAGAACACUCAGUCUGCACCGGAUUCGUUUGACAACGACGACGACUCUUACUCUGGGGUGCCCACAAUCACGCACUCCUCAGCUGAAACGGUAGAUACUUCCACCAAGAGGAACGAAGGUCUGUCCAUCGGGUACUUCAACUUCGACAGCAUGCAGAGGUUGCUGGAUUUGUCGAUCACUGCUUCCACCAAGCCGGAGAAACCAGCCUUCCUACUGACGCCAGGAGGAUUAACAGUUGGCAAAGACAAAAGCGGGGCUUAUAUGACUCUCCCAUCACCCAACGUGCAGAAUGCAGAUGACCAAGACGGUCCGACCAACGUCUUCAAAAAGCUGUCCUCAAUGGAAGACGAAGAGAGCGAAGUGGAAGACGCUGCACACGCCCCUCCGGCCUCGGUACUGCAUCGACGACGGGCCCUGGUGCCCCCAAAGACACUAACAGAUGACUAUGAGAGUGCAACUGAUGAAGGAGAUGCCCACUCGCCAACUGAGACGUCACCGACAACGGACGAUCCUUCCAAGAAAGGCCGACGGAAUUCCAUCGUAGUCAUUCCCCCGAUGCAGAUAUGUCCCGGCGAUCUGCUGGUUUACAGCAAAGUUCUCAGUCAGAGAAAUACUUUGUUAGAUUACGAUGGCUCUACUCAAAGCUUGUCCAUUUCCGAAGAUACGUCGAGGAAAGGGAAGAACACUUGGUCUCUUUUACGUCUGUUUGACCGAUCUGGCCGAAGUAAAUCCGAAUCUCUUUGUGGAUUAGAAGAAGUGUUAAGUAAUCUACAGCCUUCUGAAUUUUCUGACGAACAUCUGGCGAAAUACAAGGGCAUGCAGUGGUCAGAAUUCGUAUCACUUUGGGAAGGCCGGACACCAAAGGAGAGCAAAGGUCUCUUCAGGAGACAAUCCAGGAAGCAGCUGCCUGCAUCUCACCAAUCCACUCUGACCCGCACCAUCUCUAGAAUCUUAACUCCGGCAUCGGUCGAAAAAGACUCCAAUCAAGAGAGUCUUUUGUCUAACUUCACGAAGGCCCAGUCCGAAAAUAAGACUGGAGAACAGCAAAAGUCUCCGGUGCACAGCAAUCACGUGGGUGAAGAAGUUGCAAAAGAUUCGAAUGAUAAUUCAAUAGCUGCCCUGGAUGAAAUAGAACACCAGAUUGAAAAUUUAGAUAGUCUGACGCGUUCCAGAAACGAACUCAAAAGGCGGGAAGCUAUGUGGGAUCUCUUCCAAAGCGAGUGCAUGUUUCUGGACGAUCAUCUGAUGGUGCUGAGGAAUGUAUUUAUGGAACCUUUAAAGAAGAUUCAAGUCGAAGGAUUUGCUAUGUUUGCAGAGCCUGAAGUGCUUUUUGGAAAUUUAGAGGAACUAUGCAUGGUAACACAUGCAUUUUGUAAGGAAUUCUUGAGUUUAAUACUACAGAAAAUGUCUGGAGAUGAAAUUGAUACUACUGAAGUUCUUGUGAAAUUAUUUCAGAAGAGUCCAAAAGCACAUGCUCUAACCCAGGCAUACCACCGAUAUACUCUCAAUUACAUCAAUGCUCUUAACUACUUAGAAACACUCAGGAGACAAGUUGAAUUUAAUGAAUUUGAAAAAUGGUGCUGCCGAGAUGUUCGUUGUAAAAAACUGCAGUUGACAGAUCUUCUAGUUUCACCUGUCCAGCAUGUAAUGAGGGUGCCAUUAAUAUUAAAGGAAAUUGAAAUGCGCACUGAAAAUUUAGAAGAGAAAAGGCUAAUUACAGCUAUAAUUGAAGCAGAAGAAAAUUCUCUCAGAGAACUUGAUGAUAAAAUGAAAUGGUUGAAGAACUUUGAACGUUUGCUGGAAAUUCAAAGAAGUAUAGUGUGGCCUUCAGUUUUUGAGCUUGAUCCAAAAGCUUUCAUUCCAGAUUUUUUGAAGCAGCCUCUUGCUAAACAACCAUGUGAAAGACUAAUAGUAAGUCCUCGCAGACAAAUAGUUUUAGAAGGAGCAUUGCAGCUCUUAGAUAGUGGAAAACCAUCUGAAGCUUUUGUUCUUUUGUUUGAUGAUAUGCUACUUAUAACAAGAAGAAAGAAGGGGCUUCAUAAAAAGAAAUCAUCCAUUACUGAAAAUUGGGCAUCAACCUGUAAUAAAUCCACUCCUCCACAUGAAGCUGGAUAUAAAUAUAUUGUUUAUAAACAACCUCUCUCUUUAGAUAGAUUUUUCAUUCAUGAUGUUAGUGUACAAGAUGGAGCAGCUAACAACCUUAAGAAUGCAUUCGUUUUAGUAUGUUUGAAUAGAUUUCAACAAAUUGUUACUGUACAUACAUUCCAAGCAUCCAGUGAAUCAGCCAAGGCUCUUUGGUUGUCGAAAUUGCGUGAUACAAUGGACCGAUGGAAACGAACUCUGCAAAACACAGUGUUCAGAAAUCAAAGAACAUCCACAAAUACUGCUACAACCACAGUUCAAGCACCUAAUAGUAUAACGACUGUCAAAUAGCAACGACUGGUCAAUGGGAGUCACUUGACUUACCUAGCUUUCAAUAAGAGUCAAGAAUCAGCUGAUUAAUUAGAAUUCCCUAAAAGGAUGUACACUGUGCUGUUGCCACAAGUGCCAAAGAUCUUUCUAUUGUGCUUAUUUUCAUACAUUUUGAAUUUUGAGAAUGUACAUGAAUCUAGUCAAAGGAGUUUUUCUGCAAAUGGGACAUAUUGAACUUUAUUUAUUAAGUUAUAUAGCAGAGAAAACUGACAUUUGUACAUUUCCAAAAAUGAAUCGAUAAGGAUUGUAUAUAUUAAUCAAAACAUGAAUUCUUUGCACUUUUUUUUUUUUUGAACAUGUCAUUCUUAAAGGAAAUAUGCAUGAUUUAAAUUUUGAUGUUGAGCUAGUCAUUUCAGUCUAUUACACAUUAUUUCAAAAUUUAAAACGUUUGUUUGUUUGUUUUUUUAAAUUAUAUUUACAUACUUUUCUUUUGUAUUUGAAAUAAUUUAUGAAAUUGUGUAUACAUAAAUUUCAACAACCAAGCAUUUACUGCCUCAAUUUGUUAAUAUAUUGACAAGAUUAAAAAAAAAUUCAGAAAUAUUAAGUGUUUUGGUGAUAUUAAAAAAAAAAAAAUUCAAAUAGUUUUUAAAUUGCUUAAAGGAGUAUUAGAUUUUCAUAUAAUGUAGUUGCGAUUUUUGUUUUUGCAUGACUGCUAAAUUAUUUCCAAUUAAUGAUUUAGAAAAUUUGUCAUCAUUGUUUCAGUCAUGAUUAAAAAAUUCAUAAAAGCAAUAAAUGUGAUAUAAAUUAAUUAAUGGGUUAUUAUAAACAUUUUAUUCAAUUUAAGUGACUUUUAAUAUAUGUUCUCCCAUUUUGUUCUUAUUUAUAAACUGUACAGUAAUUAAUUUAUAUGGGAAUUAGAUUUUACACUUUUCUGAUAAACUUUUUAUCUUAUCUGUUCAUAAUUUUAAACUAUGACUUCCAUGAAAUUAAUUAUUCAAGUAGGUAUAAAACUAUUUUAAAAACGAACUGAAUUUUUUAAAAAACAAUAAAAUGCAUAGAUGUUUUUAAUAUGUAAAAAUGAAGAAAAAAAAAUUUUAAAUUAAAAAUAUAUUCUAAGAAUUAUUAUAAUCUGUAAAUAAAGAAAAAAGAAUCAAUUUUUGUACUUUUAAUUAAAAAUGAAGACUUAACAUAACUAUUCUUCUUACCAGAUGCUCUUUGACAAUCAGAGUAGAUUGAGUUAUCUCUCUCUGAGCAAAUAAACAUCUUUAUUAAUAAUUAACAUCUAUACAUUAAUUUCAACGAUACAUAAAAUUCAAGCAUAGAUUUGGACCAGACAAUCUUUAUACUCUACCUGAUAUUGAAAAUAAUUUCUAAUGUUUAAAAAUGUUUGUAAAAGACUAAGUGAUAUUACUAAGCAAGAAUCCAUUGAGUCAUUGUAUUAUAGCAAACAUCCAUUCAUAGAAUUCAAUGCACAUUGUAAUAUUGUCACUAUUCACUGUAUGUGAUUUUUCCUGUUCUUUAUGUAUUGUGGAUGUAUGUAUGUUUCAAAAUAUGAGGUGUCUUUACUACAAGAUAAAUUUUUCAACAAAUGUACUUUUAACUUUAAAUAUAUAUACAUAUAUAUUAAUAUAUACAUAUAUAUACAUACACCAAUUUUGAAAUGCAUUUUGGAAGCAUCUAUUUUCAUAAUCAAAAACUUAUACCUGUACUUUGUAGCAUCAACUCAUAGAUUAGGAUAUAAUCAUACAAGAAUAAUUUUAUAUGUAAUUAUUAAAAUUCUGAAUAUAUAAAACCAGAGAGAAAUAAAUUUGAAAAGAAAAGAAACUGCAUUUGAACUUUAUAUAAAUAUUUGUUCCUGUAUAAUGUUAAUCACUGUUCUUAAUAGCUGUUAAAAAUGUGAUACUGUAAUGUUCUUUGAUGAUAUCAAUUAAUAUAUUGUUCAGUGAUGAAAAUUAGCUGGUACCUUUGUUCAGAUUAUUUUCUUUAUUCAUUCAAAGAUUUAAUGUGCUCAUGCAUUAUGAAAUACAAAAAUUAUGUAAGUUCCCUGUUUAUUUACAGUUUAAUGCAUGUUAAAUUAAAUAAGACUUCCUUCAUGAAGUAGCUAAAAGGUUUUCUGACCAUAAAUUGAUUUUUCUCACCCCUCAAUUGUCAUCUGUGAAUUUUGCUUGGAACAUGAUAUCAUUUCUUUAUCCCUUAAUAUAUGUGAUUUUCAAGUAGUAUAAACACAUUUUUUUCUCCCAGUGGUGGUAGCACUGGAGGCAUCCAUAUCCCCACCCUUACGGGUUUCUCCCCAAAAUCAAUUAUCUGAGAUUUUAAUAUGCUGCUAUACUUAAUGGCCUCAGUGAUAUUGUAAAAUUGCUCUUGGAAACUUUACCAUUUGUAAUAUUUAUAAGAAAAAAAUAGUUGAUUCUAUCUUAAAAUAUGUGAUAAAUUUUCCAAAUAAUUUUUAUUGAAUUUCUGUUUAAUUAAUGAAUGCUUUAAUUUUGCAAUUACCAAUCAGAUAUAGAUAUACAUAUAGGAUGGCAAUCAUUAUAUAAUAGAAUAUAUAUCUUUAGUAACUUACUUAAAAUCUUUUAAAAUUAAAAAUAUCACUAAUUUCAAGUGUUCAGAAAAUGUAAAAUACAUAGGUACUUUCUUAAUCAUAUGAGAUUAAUCAAAGAAAAAAAAUACUAAGUGAUCUGAAAGCACGUUUGUGGCUUGGUUCUCAUUAAACCCAUCAGCAUCAAAUGUUCUUUUUUUGGUGUUGUGUGGAAAUCGGGAGUGGAGUGUAUAUCAGGCAUAGAAUUCCGUCUUGAGUAAUAAAUGUUAAACUAACUAAUUCAUGUAAUUAACAUAAACAUUCAUAAAAUGAAGUGAAUAUGGUUAAACAUUAUUCUUAAAAAAAGAAAUUAAUAAUUGUAGUUUUUUAUCUCUUGGAUUAAAAUUAUAAAAAUAUGUACCUUUCAUUUUUUUUAAUAACUACUUAAAAACUUAUUAAUUUUUAACUUGAGGAUUCAGUAGAACCUUGGUUAGCUAAUUGGAUUUUGACAAUAAUCACUUUAGAUGGACAGUAACUCCAAAAUAGAGACCAAUUUUAAAUUAUGACUUCUUUUCUCAUGAUAGAUUGAAAAGAUUGAAAUAUUAUAAAAAUAAAUCAUCCAUGCAUUACCACAUAUCAGUAAACAUAUUAUCAAAGCAAUUCUUUAUUUGAGACUAGAAAGAUUGAAAAGAUUUGUGUUUAGUUUUUCACUGUUUCUUUUGCAAUUUCUAAAUGAUUUUUAAAGGAUGCUUCAUAUAAUAUUCCCCUUGCUUGACAAUGCAUAUUUUUCCGAUGUAGUGAUUUACAAAACCUACUCCUCCUCCCCCAUGAAAAUGCUAUGGAAUUUGUUCACAUAAGUUUUGAAGUGCUUGAAAAGAAUAAUAAAAACUGUUUUUAUAUUCACCUUUAAUUCAUUUCACUGAGUUAUAAAAGAUCACCUGUCUGUAAUGAUCUUUAGCAAGCUUUUGCAUCAUCUAACUUAUGUGAACAAACUUACGAAACACAUUGCAAAUUUUUUUUCAGAAACAGAUUGCAAAUUUUUUUUCAGAAACAGAUUGCGAAUUUUGAAAUCUGUUUCUGAAAAAUGCAUAGAUUUUAUUGAAAAAAUAAUGGAAUGCACUGAUCAAUUUGCUGACUCUAACUACUGCAAUUAGUCUUUAAGACAAGGAAAUUGAAAAAUUUUACCUUUUUGAAAUCAUAUUAUACAAACACACAUGAUUAUGAUCAUGUCACACAUGAUUAUGUUCAUUUAUCCCUUCAAUAUUAAAAUGGGAUAAAAUGCUAUGAGUAUAAAUUAGCAUGCCAAUGAUAUAAUAAAUGAAAUUGUUUAUCAACAGUAAACCAAGUCGAUAUUUAUUCAAACUAUAAGUAAUUUAAGAGGUCAAGCAUUUUAAAUUGAAAGAUUAGUAAGAUAUAAGAAAUUUCCUAUGACUAUGACUAUGAAAUUUGGGAAAGGGUUGCCAUCUUGGUUGUUAUUCUAAUUACCUGAAACCAAUAAAAAAAUGAAUGAAUUUUGUUUAAAUGUAUUAAUAUACAAAAAUACUGAAAAUUUUACUUUGUAUUUCAGUUUCUCUUGGUACUGGCUAUACAAAAAAAGUUAAAUUCUUACAAUUUUCUGCAUGUAGCAUAUUUACAGCUGAUUUUCUGAUCACUGGACUGCAUUUAUGUAUAAAAUGUUUUGUGAAGUUGUGUUAUCUUGUUUGUUUAAAAUGCCAGACUUCGAAUUUAUGUGAAUUGAAUGGAAUGCCAGAUGUUUAAGAUCCUUCAUUAACUGUAAACAUUUUGUGAUGUUAGAGAUUAUUAGAUAUAAGUUUUGUUAUUUCAUUGAGUGUUUAAGUUAUUAUAUAUAUAGAAUAAAGCUGUUAGUUAUUUCC